CUUCCAAAUGAACGCAAUGUAUACAAACAAAGCACUUAUCAUUCUUGUUUUUUGGUACCCGAAGUAAAUGUAUUGAUCAUUCUCAUUCUGUAACAAACAAAAAAUAUUCAAUGUAUUAACCGUGUAGAUGCAGAACAAAUGAGUGAAAUCACCAUGAGUGACGACGAAGAGCAGGAAACGGACUUUCAAGCCAGUGAAGAUGAAUGGCUUCCGGAAAAGUCCGAUGGACGACGACUGCAAGUGGAUCGCUCCGGAACGGAGUCGGACGAGAUUUCGGGUGAAGAAAAUAAGCGACCAGCGUGGAAAAAACGAGAACAUGGCGGCGCCAAGGGAAGAUCUAGCAGGACUACUGCGACAAGAAAAACUCGUGGAUCGAUUAAACCGACUGUAUCAUUCAACGCACAGCGCAAGAAAAUGGUUGUCGAAACAAAUGAUAAUUCGGAAAGCAGCGGUGAUGAGCAUCUGGUGAAUCCUAAUAUGUUAGAUUUAAAUUCGGACUUCUUCAUGGAACCAGCAAAUGAUGCGGCUUCUAAGGCUGUCCCAACAUUUGAUUGCAAUGCUGGGACGCAUCUAUCGGAUUCAUCGGGGGAUGAACAUGAGGGCAAACAAACUGCUACUGAGAAGGACAAGAUUGAUGCACGAGAAUCGAAAAGAAAACUAAUCGCCAAAAUCAACCAAAAAUCACAAGGUCUAGUAAAUUUCGAAAGUCUCAAUGAAUUCAAUCGUAAGAUAGAACAAGCAAAACAACAAUUACUGAUAUCUAAAACUAAAAAGUCGGAUGGAAGCGGCUCGUCGAGCAUCAGCAAUAUUCUCGCGAUGGGUGAGCAUAAAGGAAGUGACACACAAUCAACAAAAACAGGUGAAAAGAAAAAGGAUGAGUCGGACUCUGAUUGGGAGGAUGUUGAAGAGAAAGAGGAAAACGGUUCUCAUAAAGACGUCGAAAUCACACUGGAUAUGAGACCUGUCGUGAGCCAGAAAAAGAAACGCGAUGGAAUCGAUGUAGAAGCAUGCAUCAGAAGAAUUGAAAACCGAAGAAAGCGUGAGAAUCAAAUAGUUCUCCACAAGGUAAACAUUCUUAUGGCUAUCAGCCACGGCAACUAUGUUAAUAAUACGCUCAACAGUACAAAAUUACUCUCCUUGGCAUUAACUUUGGUCCCAUCCAAGAAGUGUUAUCCAAAGAAUCGAACCAAUCUGGAAUACUUCGAGCAAGUUACCAAAUUCUAUCGUGAAAUAAUUGACCUCAAAGAUAAGCGAAUGUUCAAUCGGUUCAAAAAGCUUUCAUCGCUGGAAACAUCGCUUCGGCUGGAAAUGCUCACUAAAGCUACCACCUGCAAACGAGAUCACAUCCUCAUUUUCAUAAUCCUUCUACGAGCGAUUGGGAUCCAGUGCCGUCUGGUGAUGUCGUUGGUCGUGGCUCCCAAAAAAUUGCCCCAAAGUGAGUUAAAUCCAUCCCAAAUGGAAUCGACUAGAAAGGUAGAUGCUAAGGGAUCAGAAACUUCUAAAAGUUCUACAAAUCAGUCAAGGCAGGCCAUUGUGAUCCCCCAAUUAGACGGCAAUGAUGAUUCUUGUGGCGAACCAUUCAAGAAAAGAAUAUUGGACAACACAAAAAAGCAAUCGAGCAAGAAGAAUAAUUUAGAUGCGAAACCUGAAUCGAACACGAAAUCGGCGCUAUCACCUAAAACAGCACCAAAAUUGCUGGAAAUAUGCAAGUUCUCACCUAGGAAGACGCGUAAACAGCGUCAAGCACAAGCGGAACCUUCCUCCUCCACUGGAGCAACAGAUUCAAAAAAGCAAAAAAUUAGCAAUAAUACUGAUGCACCCUCGUCGUCAUCAUCGAUUAGUAUUGUUUAUACGAAAAAAGAACCUUCAGACCCUGCUAGAGAUAAGAAUAAACGAAAGCAAUCUUCCAAAUGCGCUAACACAGAUACCGUGCCAGCUUUGAGCCUUCAACCAACCCAACUCCCUAAGAAGUCCGACGCGGGUGACAAGCAAUCACGAAAAUCAACUGUCGAAACAAGCAACCCCACAAGGGCAAUAAAGACUGAGAAGUCCGGCAAAAGUAAGACCCCUCCCGAGACCAAACCCCCUAAAAUACUCAAAAUCGAAUACAUUGAUAAGAAAUUAAAGCGGCGUCUGGAUCGACGGGUUCUUUCCACCGACGACGAAUGCAUGGCCCAGUCUGGGGAUAAGCCGAAGUUGAAAUCCGGUGUUAACUUGUGGGUCGAAGUGUACGCCGAGGAAGAAGAACAGUGGAUCCCAGUCGACGUGAUUGGUGCAAAGGUACACUGUGCUGAACAGAUCGCUAGACAGGCGUCCUCUCCACUGGUCUAUAUUCUCGCCUGGAAUAACGAUGGGACCAUUAAAGACGUAACGGCGCGGUAUUGCAAAAAUUAUGCCACCAGCACGAAAAAGUUACGCAUAGAGCAGGAAUGGUUGGACGAGACAUUGCGAAAGUACAAGGGCAAACAGAGUGCUCGCGAUAUCGAGGAAGAUCGCAGCUUGAAUCAAACUCAAUUGGAGCAACCUCUACCUACGGCCAUCGGCGAGUACAAGAAUCACCCACUGUAUGCACUGAAGCGUCAUUUGCUCAAAUUCGAAGGUAUUUACCCACCGGACGCCCCCACCCUUGGUUUCAUAAAGGACGAACCAGUGUAUGCCAGAGAGUGCGUCCAUACGUUACAUUCGCGGGAAAUUUGGUUGAAGCAGGCCCGUACGGUGAAAAUGUUCGAAAGCCCAUAUAAAGUUGUUAACGCAAGGCCAAAGUUCGACCGGGCUUCCGGCCAAAUGCAAGCAGCCCAGCCUUUGGAUUUAUUCGGUUACUGGCAAACUCAGGACUACGAACCACCAACGGCCGAGAACGGAAUCGUGCCCCGCAACGCAUAUGGCAACGUGGAGUUAUUCAAACCGUGCAUGCUCCCAAAGAAAACCGUUCAUUUGCAGCUUCCAGGGCUGAAUCGCAUAUGUAAGAAGCUGGGCAUCGAUUGUGCCCAGGCGGUGACCGGAUUUGACUUUCACGGGGGGAGCAGUCACCCGGUUUAUGAUGGCAGCGUCGUUUGUGAAGAAUACAAGGACAUCGUGGUGGACGCAUGGUACCAGGAACAAGAGGAAGGAGACAAACGAGAGCAGGAAAAGUACGAGAAAAGGGUGUAUGGAAACUGGAAAAAACUCAUAAAGGGUUUACUGAUAAGGAAGAAGCUACAAAACAAGUACAAUUUCGAUAACUUGUAAGGAGUGUGAAAUAAUCACUGAUUAAAUAUUAAUUAUCACCUACCGAUUAGAGUUCAAUGGUUUUUAUUUCAAUAUUUAAAUAAACAGUAC